AAAUGAUUCCAUUCAAAACAAAAGUCAUGCAGAGUCAGGCCGUUGAGCCAAGUGCCGAAAGCCCUGCUGAAGAGCCUGGAAUACCUUUGGAGUUCGGCUCUGCGGCGCACGUAGUAAAUAAUGUUGGAUUUCAAAUUGGCAACAAUCACGGGAAUAUCAUUUUCAGUCAUCACAAAGAAACCACACUUUUCGAAUCUCUGGCUGCUUACAAUCAGUCUCAACGCUCAAUCCUAUUGGCAAGGACGACUCUUUCCAAGAAAGCUCGUCUGCAAACCGGGAGAAGACGCGUGCAAGCAAUCAAGAAUCGCACUUACUACGAGCCAUACGUGGAAGUCAAGGAUCGCCCAACUGUCGUACCGUCCUUUGACAAAACCUAUGUUCAGCAACGCUUGAAAGAUAUUCGGCAGGAUAUUGCGAAGGGGCAGACACAAAAUAUUACUCCGAGUGGGGAGGAUGAGCCAGAGACCAACUAUCUUGGAGAUCUGGACGAGUUCUGUGAAAAGGUAUCUCAGGCCUGGAAUCCCUAUUCUAGACCCAUUCAGUACGCGCAGUCAAAGUUUCACAUAACGCAUCGACGAGACCAGGAAAUCUUCGAAUACUUGCAAGACGCUUUUGAAGUUCCUUAUUGGGAGCUCAUGCUGGAUUUGUUCUUACAGUGGCGUGCCAACUCGCGAUCAUUGAGUGGAGAUAUUGUCCUCAAAGUCUUGGGUAGCCUGGAAAGGGAGAUCAAAACUGGACGACGUCAACUUCUAAGUGACCUUGAAGCGCAGUCAGAAGACAAAUUGGAAGACUUGCCUCCUAUUUUGGAAGGUAUCGAUGCGAGACUUGCUGUCCUUGGUACUGUGUGCGAUAUGACGGGGCCCCUCUUAUUGGAAUUAGAGGAUUUGGUUACUGCCGCAGCUCGCCCUAUACUUGCAUCUGCGGAAAAUAGCCCACCUAUGGAAUCCCCGGGUUCCGGAAAAGAAAAGGAAAACGUGGCUCUUAUCGCAUUGAUCUUACUGUUUCUUACUGCGGCUAUAGUCCCGGGAUACAAAGCAUUCGCGAUAUCAAUGGACUCCAACACACCAGGCUCGAUUGGGGAUGCCGAUUUCUGGUAUCUGAUCCAAAGCAGCAUUAUGUCUGUUCUAGGAAAUGGUCAUCCCACUGCUGAAAAAGUCCUGGUUCUCACCGGCUUAUAA